AUGGCCAAGCUAUAUCUUCUUUUUUUAUUUGCUAUCCAUUUAUGUAGCUCUUUUAUUAGAUCAUCAAUAUUAGAAUCAAUCAAACAUAAUCUUCAAAUUGUUAAUAAUCAAAAUUUUAACACAGUAAUAAAUAAAUUCAGAAAUGAAAAAGUUUUUUUUAUAUUAUUUUUUAAAAAUUCAAAUAAAGAUAUAAAAAAUGUUAUAAAAAAUUAUGACCAUGUUGCAGAAAAAUUUAAAGGAAUAAUAACAUUGUGUGCAAUAGACUGUGAUUCAAAUUCUCGAUUAUGUGAAGAUGAAUUAUCCUUAUAUGUACCAGAAUAUAAAAGUAGCAAUACACAUCAUCUUUUAGUAUAUCCAAUAAAUCCAAUGCCUAAAUUUGAAUUUAAAGAUGAAAUAAAUGAAGCAAAUGUAAAAAAAUAUACUUAUCUUAUACCAUCAAAAAUUGAUAUAAUUAAAGAAACCAAAGAUUAUAAUAUUUUUCUUUCAAAACAUGAAAAUAUGCCCAAAGUUUUAAUUUUCAGUAAUAAAAAAAAACCUAAUUAUGUUCUUAAUGCUUUGAGUAAUAGUUUUAAUAAAAAAUUAUUGUUUUGUUAUAUUAAUAAUGAACUUGAUGAAUUAGUCAAAAAAUAUAACAUUAAAACAUUUCCAUCUAUAAUUAUGUUAAAAAAAAAUAAAGUAGUAGAUACAUAUAAAGGAAAAAACAAUUUUAUAAAUAUGUUUGAUUGGUUAAAUAUACAUUCAGAAACUUUUGUUAUGGGUGGUGGAUUUGAUAUAUCACCAGGAAAAACUAACUAUAAACCAUGGAAAUUUGAAGCCGUACCAAAAUUUACAAAACUAUCACAUGGUGAUAUAUGUUUUAAACAAACAGACAAAGGUUUGUGUGUUAUAUAUUUGAAAGAAGGAGACAAAUUAGAUAAAUCUGAAGAAGAAAUGCUCAUUACCUUAAAAGAAAAAUUCAAACCACAGAUGAGUGGACGCGGUGUAAAUUUCCGAUAUAUGUGGAUUGAUAUAGCUACUGAAACAAACUUUCGAUCACUUUUCGAAUUAAAAAAAUAUCCAUCUGUUGUUGUUUUUAAUCCACAUAAAAGAAUUAGAUAUGCAAAAAUCAAUGAUGAUUUAAUAGCUACAAAAGAACAUAUAGAAAAAUUAUUAGAAAAAAUAUCAGGAGGUGAUGCUAAAUUUACUAUGUUAAAAGGACAAACACUACCUGAAUUUGUUCUCAAUGAAAAUGAGGAUACUUCACCUGGAAAAGACGAAUUAUAA